CUACGGAAAACGGGUGACUCAAAUAAUAGUAAUGGUAAACCUGGUAGCAGUACAAAGCCUUCAGCAAAGAGUUCAGGAAACCCAACAGAACCCACUCCUGCCAUAGUUGUUAUAAACGUGGGGGAACAGAGGGGACAUACCUCUUCAGAUAGCACUUCUCCUAUUUCCCCUGCAAAUAACCAUAAGUCUCAUUCAAAAGAAGAGCCUCCGAAGAGGGACCCUUUGAAUCGUUUAAAAGGUGCUCCAAAAGAUGUUAUUCCUCUAAGUAAAGUUCCGCGGCGUCAAAGGUCAUCGAGAUUUCAUGCCUCAGGAGUAGUUGAAUUGGAAAAAUUACCUAAUUUCAACGAGGUUUCACCGGAUAAACGACAAGAACUUUUCCUAAGAAAACUUAAUCAAUGUUCGGUAAUUUUCGAUUUUAAUGAUGCAAGUAGUGACCUAAAAGGAAAAGAGAUAAAAAGGUCAACAUUGUCUGAACUCUUGGAAUAUAUUACUGCAAAUCGUGGAGUAAUUACUGAACCAAUAUAUUCAGAGGUCGUUUCUAUGUUUGCUAUUAAUCUUUUUAGAACCAUACCUCCACAAGUUAAUCCUAUCGGUGAUGCUUUUGACCCUGAGGAAGAUGAACCAGUCCUUGAGCUUGCAUGGCCACACCUUCAGAUUGUUUACGAAUUCUUCCUUCGAUUCAUUGAGUCACCCGAUUUCAACACAAACAUUGCCAAGAAAUAUAUUGAUACGCAAUUCAUAUUACAU